CUAGUUUCCAAGUAAGAAGAGAGUUGGUCCUCAUCAUUAGCUUGAGGGGCCUCUCUUCAGGGCAAGGCUUGAAAAAUUCAGAGUUCCAUUUGAUGCAGUCAGGCACUUUAUCAAGACCCCGUGGAGUGUGAACUAGCAACCGACCCACCUGGCAAGAUUCUCGACACCUAGUAACGAUUAUAAUGGACAAAAGUAGUCAGCUAACUAGUCAAAGUCUGUAGAAUAUCGUCGACAAAUGCUGGUGUUAAAGCCACGUAGCUAUGCUAAAUUAUUUCAUAAAUCAGGCUUGCUAGAUGCUACCGCAACUUUUAUCCAAGUAGCUGCAAGCUAGCAGUCAAGCAUCCCUCGCUAACUUGGGUAUUUUUUGUUAGCUAGCUUACUGGGUGGCUGGUUAAUAUUCAAAGACCCAUACAACAGCUAUUUGGCCACCCGUCAUAUUUUUGGAGCCAGCUAGCUAUCUGAACUAAUUUUAUAAUAUAGCCGUCUUUAGCUGGGUAGUUGACCAGUUUAAUCAAUUGGUCAUCAUAGCUUCGUCCAGCUUGCCAGUAGCUUAGCUAGCCAACUUGCUAACGUUACUUUGUUCGCUAGCUAGCAAACUAGCAAGGUGCUGCUGACGACAGCCAGACAGUAGCGAGCCAAAAUUCGAGUAGUUUUGUUGCUCUUUCUCCAUUUAAAAAAUGCCUGCAAUGAUGGAAAAGAGUGGUUCGGAAAUGUCUGGGAAAAGAAGGGGUAGGAAUGCAGUGAAUAAUCCUAACAAAAGUUUUGCUACAAAUGGAAAUAGCAACAAUUCAUGGGAGGAAGGAAGUUCGGGCUGCUCCAGUGAUGAUGAGCAUGGUAGGUCAACACGAAGGUGGUAGCCUCAGUCACACUAAACUACUUCAUACACUUGUACACUGAUUCAAAAUGUUAAUAUUGUGUUUGUUUUAUGUUCAGGUAGUGGUGGUAUGAGAGUUGGGACUCAGUAUCAAGCCCUUGUGCCAGACUAUGAUCCAGGUGAGUAAUUUUACUGUUCAGACAGUUGUAAAGCUAGAACACAUUACCAGACAUGAUAGCCUCGAACAAUUCCUGGUAGUCGAUUCCACGAACCUUGACUAACCGGGCUUGUUACUGCUAAUCUUGAUUCUUUUGACAUUCCAACUCUUGUCCACGGCUACGUUUUGUUUAAUGUUUGAAAGGAUAUAACUACACAACUCAAUCACUAAUGUUAAAAUAUAUACAAUAUAUUUCAGCAUUUUUAGAUGCUAAAUAUUUUUUGGGGACUAAUUAAAAAGUUUGUAAUUUACACCAGUUGUAGCUAGGCCCUAAUUGUUGGUCGAACGACCAUGAUUAUAACCGUUUAAUUCCUUUUUUAUUGAGAGAAAAAAAACAAUUGUCUAGAUGUGACUGCUACCCAUCAAGGAAUUAAGCAUUAUGAAAUGGAUGAUGUGUAGCUGCUUUCACUUUAUGGUUGUAAGUCCUGACUGCUGAUGGUCCAUAUUUGUUUUAAAUUGUAUAAAUUAUGUCUUCAUGAGAAAAUUCAUUGGCUUGUGCUGCAGAUAAUGCAUUUUGUACUUUCCAAUGGAACAUGGAAUUUCAUAGAAACUUUGUUUCUAGCUACAUUUGUUGUAUUCAUGGACAUUGGAAAUGGGUUUCACUUUCACCAGAGUUUCACAUUUUCAACUUAAACAUUUAGGAUAAAGGCAAGGAGUAGUUUAAGAGUAAUGAAGUCACUGGUCCUCAUUCGAUCCCAUUACCCCCCUAUGACAGAGAUUGCCAAAGUGGCCGAGGAGAGGGACAACUUGGGCAUGCGGGUGUGGAUCCCCAGCCGGAACCUGGCUGAAGCUAAAUGUAAGGAACAUUCAAGCCAUUUCCUCAUUAUGUACCAAAUGUAAAUUAGUUGCUUUUACAAAUCUGAAGUUUAUCUGAAGCAAAAUAUUAACUAUACAAUAAUAACAGAAAUGUGUAGAUUAGUGUUAUUCCAGUCUUUUGUCUCUUUCUCUUUCUCUCUGUCUCUCUGUGUGUGCCUUUAGAAGGUAUUCACACCCCUUGAAUUUUCCCACAUUUUGGAUUCGGCUAUUUCAGCCACACCCGUUGCUGACAGGUGUAUAAAAUCGAGCGCACAGCCAUGCAAUCUCCAUAGACAAACAUUGGCAGUAGAAUGGCCUUACUGAAGAGCUCAGUGACAUUUAACGUGGCACCGUCAUAGGAUGCCACCUUUCCAACAAGUCAGUUCCUCAAAUAUCUGGCCUGCUAGAGCUGCCCCGGUCAACUGUAAGUGAUGUUAUUGUGAAGUGGAAACGUCUAGGAGCAACAACUGCUCAGCCAUGAAGUGGUAGGCCACACACAGAACGGGACCGCCGAGUGCUGUAGUGCGUAAAAUCGUCUGUCCUGGUUGCCGCACACAAGCCUAAGAUCACCUAAUGCAAUGCCAAGCGUCGGCUGGAGUGGUGUAAAGCUCGCCGCCAUUGGACUCUGGAGCAGUGGAAAUGCAUUCUCUGGGCUGAUUAAUUGCGCUUCACCAUCUGGCAGUCCGACGUAAGCUACCUGCCCCAAUGCAGAGUACCAACUGUAAAGUUUGGAGGAGGAGGAAUAAUGGUCUGGGGCUGUUUUUCAUGGUUUGGGCUAGGCCCCUUAGUUCCACUGACGGGAAAUCUUAACGUUAAAGCAUACAAUGACAUUCUAGACAAUUCUGUGCUUCCAACUUUGUGGCAACAGUUUAGGGAAGGCCCAUUCCUGUUUCAGCAUGACAAUGCCGCCAUGCACAAAGCGAGGACCAUACAGAAAUAGUUUGUCGAGAUCGGUGUGGAAGAACCUGACUGGCCUGCACAGAGCCCUGACCUUAACCCCAUCAAACACCUUUGGGAUGAGUUGGAACGCCUACUGCGAGCCUGUCCUAAUGGCCCAACAUCAGUGCCCGACCUCACUAAUUAUCUUGUGGCUGAAUGGAAGUCACUGCAGCAAUGUUCCAACAUCUAGUGGAAAGCGUUCCCAGAAGAGUGGAGGCUGCAAAGGGGGAACCAACUCCAUAUUAAUGCACAUGAUUUUGGAAUGAAAUGUUAAGUGAGCAGGUGUCCAUAUACUUUUGGUCAUGUAGUGUAUUUUAAGCUUAAAUAAGUUGCAUGGACUCGGUGUGCAAUAAUAGUGUUUAACAUGAUUUUUGAAUGACUACCUAAUAUCUGUACCCCACACAUACAAUUAUCUCUAAGUGCCCUCAGUCGAGCAGUGAAUUUCAAACACAGAUUCAACCACAGACCAGGGAGGUUUUCCAAUGCCUAGCAAAGGGCGCCACCUAUUGGUAUCAAAUUAAAUGUAUUUGUCACAUGUUUCAUAGACAACAGGUGUAGACUAACAGUGAAAUGUUUACUUAAGGGUCCUUUUCCAACGAUGCAGAGUUAAAGAUUAGAUUAAAAAAUAUAUAUAUAUAGAAAUAGUGACAAGGAAUAAAUACAGUGUGAAUAACUAGUAAAAAUAACAUGGCAUAUAUAUAUACACAGUACCAGUCAAAAGUUUGGACACACCUACUCAUUACAUUUAACAUUUUAGUCAUUUAGCAGACACUCUUAUCCAGAGCGACUUACAGUUAGUGAGUGCGUACAUUUUCAUACUGGCCCCCCGUGGGAAUCGAACCCACAACCCUGGCGUUGCAAACGCCAUGCUCUACCAACUGAGCUACACGGGACUAGGGUCAUUCAAGGGUUUUUCUUUAUUUUUACUAUUUUCUACAUUGUAGAAUAAUAGUGAAGACAUCCAAACUAUGAAAUAACACAUGGAAUCAUGUAGUAACCAAAAAAGUGUUAAACACAUCAACAUUUAUUUUAUAUUCUUCAAAGUAGCCACCCUUUGCCUUAAUGACAGCUUUGCACACUCUUGGCAUUCUCUCAGCCAGCUUCACCUGGAAUGCUUUUCCAACAGUCUUGAAGGAGUUCCCACAUAUGCUGAGCACUUGUUGGCUGCUUUUCCUUCACUCUGCGGUCCAACUCAUCCCAAACUAUCUCAAUUGGUUUGAGGUCGGGUGAUUGUGGAGGCCAGGUCAUCUGAUGCAGCACUCCAUCACUCUCCUUCUUGGUCAAAUAGUCCUUACACAGCCUGGAGGUGUGUUUUGGGUCAUUGUCCUGUUGAAAAACAAAUGAUAGUCCCACUAAGCGCAAACCAGAUGGGAUGUCGUAUCGCUGCAGAAUGCUGUGGUAGCCAUGCUGGUUAAGUGUGCCUUGAAUUCUAAAUAAAUCCCAGACAGUGUCACCAGCGAAGCACCGUCACACCACCACCGCCAUGCUUCACGGUGGGAACCACACAUGCGGAGAUCAUCCGUUCACCUACUCUGCGUCUCGCAAAGACACGGCGGUUUGAACCAAUAAUCUCAAAUUUGAACUCAUCAGACCAAAGGACAUAUUUCCACCAGUCUAAAAAUCAAAUCAAAUGUAUUGGUCACAUACACAUGGUUAGCAGAUGUUAUUGUGAGUGUAUCGAAAUGCUUGCAGAUGUCCAUUGCUUGUGUUUCUUGGCCCAAGCAAGUCUCUUGUUCUUAUUGGUGUCCUUUAGUAGUGGUUUCUUUGCAGCGAUUCGACCAUGAAGGCCUGAUUUCAUGCAGUCUCCUCUGAACAGUUGAUGUUGAGAUGUCUGUUACUUGAACUCUGAAGCAUUUAUUUGGGCUGCAAUUUCUGAGGCUGGUAACUAAUGAACUUAUCCUCUGCAGCAGAGGUAACUCUAGGUCUUCCUUUCCUGUGGCGGUCCUCAUGAAAGCCAGUUUCAUCAUAGCGCUUUAUAGUUUUUGCGACUGCACUUGGAGAAACUUUCAAAGUUCUUGAAAUGUUCUGUAUUGACUGACCUUCAUGUCUUAAAUUAAUGAUGGAUUGUCGUUUCUCUUUUCUUAUUUGAGCUGUUCUUGCCAUAAUAUGUACUUGGUCAUUUACCAAAUAGGUAUAUCUUCUGUAUACACCCCCUAUCUUGUCACAACACAACUGAUUUGGCUCAAACGCAUUAAGAAGGAAAGAGAUUCCACAAAUUAACUUUUAACAAGGCACACCUUUUAAUUGAAAUUAAUUCCAGGUGACUACCUCAAGAAGCUGUUUGAGAGAAUGCCAAGAGUGUGCAAAGCUGUCAUCAAGGCAAAGGGUGGCUACUUUUAAGAAUCUCAAAUAUAAAAUAACUUAACUUUUUUGGUUACUACAUGAUUCCAUGUGUGUUAUUUCAUAGUUUUGAUGUCUUCACUAUUAUUCUACAAUGUAGAAAAUAGUAAAAAUAAAGAAAAACCCUUGAAUGAGUAGGUGUGUCCAAACUUUUGACUUGUCCGUGUUGGUGAGUUUGGACCAUGAUAGAUAUUUAGUGAUGUGGACACAGAGGAACUUAAAGCUCUCGACCCACUCCCCUACAGCCCUCCGUUUCCUGUAGUCCAUGAUCAGCUCGUUAGUCUUACGGAUGUUGUGGGAGAGGUUGUCCUGGCACAACACUGCCAGGUCUCUGACCUCCUCCCUAUAGGCUGUCUCAUUGUCGUCUGUGAUCAAACCUACCACCGUCGUGUCGUCGGCAAACUUAAUGAUGGUGUUGGAGUCAUGCACGGCCAUGCAGUCAUGGGUGAACAGGGAGUACAGGAGGGGACUAAGCACGCACCCCUGAGGGGCCCCCGUGUCUGGAACUCCAGGAUCCAGUUGCAGAGGAAGGGGUUCAGUCCCAGGGACCUUAGCUUAGUGAUGAGCUUUAAGGGCACUACGGUGAUGAACGCUGUAGGUGUUCCUUUUGUCCAAGUGGGGAAGGGCAGUGUGGAGUGCAAUAGAGAUUGCGUGAUCUGUUGGGGCGGUAUGCGAAUUGGAGUAGGUCUGGGAUGAUGGCGUUGUGAGCUUUCAAAGCAUUUCAUGGCUACAGAUGUAAGUGCUACGAGGCGAUAGUCAUUUAGACAGGUUACCAUUGCACCUUGGUCACAGGGACUAUGGUGGUCUGCUUGAAACAUGUAGGUAUUACAGACUCAGUCAGGGAGAGGUUGAAAAUGUCAGUGAAGACACUUGCCAGCUGGUCAGUGCAUGCUCUGAGUACGUGUCCUGGUAAUCCAUCUGGCCCUGCGGCCUUGUCAAUGUUAACCUGUAGAAAGGUCUUACUCACAUCGGCUACAGAGAGCGUGUUCACACAGUCGUCCGGAACAGCUGGUGCUUUCGCACAUGGUUCAGUGUUGCUUGCCUCGAAGUGAGCGUAGAAGGCAUUAAGCUUGUCUGGUAGGCUUGUGUCACUGGGCAGCUCGUGGUUGGGUUUCCUUUUGGAAUCCAUGAUCGUUUGCAAGCCCUGCUACAUCCAACGAGCGUCAGAGCCGGUGUACUAGGAGUUGAUCUUAGUCCUGUAUUGACGUGUUACCCUUUUGAUGGUUUGUCGGAGGGCGUAGCGAAAUUUCUAAUAAGCGUCUGGGUUAGUGUCCCGUUCUUUGAAAGCGGCUGCUCUAGCCUAUAGCUCAGCACGGAUGUUGCCUGUAAUCCAUGGCUUUUGGUUGGGAUAUAUACAGUGCAGUCGAAGUAUUCAGACCCCUUCCCUUUUUCCACAUUGUUACGUUACAGCCUUAUUCUAAAAUGGGUAAAAUAAAUAUUUUUCCUUAUCAAUCUACACACAAUACCCCAUAAUGACAAAGCGAAAACAGGUUUUCGAAAAUACCUUAUUUACAUAAGUAUUCAGACCCUUUGCUAUGAGACUCGAAAUUGAGCUCAGGUGCAUCCUGGCCAAACUGAGCAAUCAGGGGAGAAGGGCCUUGGUCAGGGAGGUUACCAAGAACCCGAUGGUCCCUCUGACAGAGCUCCAGAGUUCCUCUGUGGAGAUGGGGAGAACCUUCCAGAAGGACAACCAUCUCUGCAGCAUUCCACCAAUCAGGCCUUUAUGGUAGAGUGACCAGAUGGAAGCCACUCCUCAGUAAAAGGGCUGCUUGGAGUUGGCCAAAAUGCACUUAAAGGACUCUGACCAUGAGAAACAAAUUUCUCUGGUCUGAUGAAAACAAGAUUGAACUCUUUGGCCUGAAUGCCAAGCGUCACAUCUGGAGGAAACCUGGCACCAUCCCUACGGUGAUACAUGGUGUUGGCAGCAUCAUUCUAUGGGGAUGUUUUUCCAGCGGCAGGGACUGGGAGACUAGUCAAGAUCGAGGGAAAGAUGAACGGAGCAAAGUACAGAGAGAUCCUUGAUGAAAACUGCUCCAGAGUGCUCUGGACCACUGACUGGGGCGAAGGUUCACCUUCCAACAGGACAACGACCCUAAGCACACAGCCAAGACAACGCAGGAGUGGCUUCAGGACAAGUCUCUGAACGUCCUUGAGGGCCCAGCCAGAGCCCGGACUUGAACCCGAUUGAACAUCUCUGGAGAGACCUGAAAAUAGCUGUGCAGCGACGCUCCCAAUCCAACCUGACAGAGCUUGAGAGGAUCUGCAGAGAAUAAUGGGAGAAACUCCCUAAAUACAGGUGUGCCAAGCUUGUAGCGGCAAACCAAUGAAGACUUGAUGCUGUAAUCGCUGCCAAAGGUGCUUCAACAAAGUACUGAGUAAACGGUCUGAAAUGUGAAUGUGAGAUUUUUUAUAAAUUUGCGAAAGAUUAUAAAAACCUGUUUUUACUUUGUCAUUAUGGGGUAUUGUGUGUAGAUUGAAGGGGGAACAAACAAUGUAAUACAUUUUAGAAUAAGGCUGUAACGUAACAAAAUGUGGAAAAAGUAAAGGGGUCUGAAUACUUUCCGAAUGCACUGUACGUACAUUCACUCUGGGGAGGACGUCGUCGACGCACUUAUUAAUGAAGCUGGUGGCUGUGGUAAACUCCUCAAUGCCAUCGGACGAACCCCAGAACAUAUUCCAGUCUGUGCUAGCGAAACAGUCCUGUAGCUUAGCAUCUGCUUCAUUGGACCACUUCCGUAUUUAGUUUUUGCUUGUAAGCUGGAAUCAGGAGGAUAGAGUUAUGGUCAGAUAUGCCAAAUGGAGGGAGAUUUUACGCGUCUCUGUUUGUGGAGUAAAGGUGAACUUCAGUUUUCUUUGCCUCUAGUUGCACAGGUGACAUACUGGUAGAAGUUACAUAAUGCAGGAAAACUGAAAUCCGUUUUAACAGGCCACUAGGAGCGCCACCUCUGGGUGAGCAUUUUCUUGUUUGUGUAUGGCCCUAUACAGCUUGUUGAGUGCAGUCUUAGUGCCAGCAUCGGUUUGUAGUGGUAAAUAGACAGCUUCGAAAAAUAUAGAUAAACUCUUGAUAAAUAGUAUGGUCUACAGCUUAUCAUAAGGUAUUCUAACUCAGGCGAGCAGAACCUUGAGACUUCCUCCUCUGAGCUUCCCUGACGCUGCUGUUUGGUCCUGCCGAUGUAUAGAAAAACCAGCUAGAUUUAUAUUUACCAUGUCCUUGUUCAGCCACGACUCAGAGAAACAUAGGAUAUUACAGUUCUUCAGAUCACAUUUAUAGGAUGGUCUCGAACAUAGCUUGUCCAGUUAAUUCUCCAGUGAUUGCACAUUUGCCAAUAGAACGGAGGGUAGAGGUGGUUUAUCCACUUGCCGACGUAGCCGCGCGUCGGCCUCUAAAGCGCCGCCGCUUCCUUCUCAGAGUGUCUGGGAUUUGGGUCUGGUAUAAUCAAUAUGUUCUCCACCUCUGACUCAUUGAAGUGAAGUCCUCACCCAAAUCGAGGUUAGUGAUAGCUGUUCUGAUGUCCAGAAGCUAUUUUCAGGCAUAGGAAACGAUGGCGGAAACAUUAUGUAAAAAAAAUAUAUAUAUAUUUAAGAUCAGCGUCAAAAAAAGACGCAAAAUAGCACAAUUUGGUCUGGAGCUUUCUAGCUCUGCAUUGUUGGGAAAGGGCUCAUAAGUAAGCAUUUCACGGUAAAGUCUAAACCUGUUGUAUUCGGCGCAUGUGACAAAUACAUUUUAUUUGAUUUUUCAUUUUAUUUGAGCCCGUAAAACAGCUGCUAUUCCCUCCAGUGCCAUUCUAUGGGUUAAAAAAAAAGACAUUGAAUAUACUUUUUGAGCAUGUUGAAGUUAUUAAUUACAUAUUGGAUGGUGUAUCAAUACACCCAGUCACUACAAAGGUACAGGCAUUCUUCUGAACUGUUGCCAGAGAGGAAGGAAAUCGCUCAGGGAUUUCACCAUGAGGCAAAUGGUGACUUUAAAACAGAUAGUUUAUUGGCUGUGACAGGAGAAAACUGAGGAUGGAUCAACAACAUUGUAGUAACUCCACAAUACUAACCUAAUUGAAAGAGUAAAAAGGGCGCCUGUACAUACUAAAUAUAUUCCAAAACAUGCAUUCUGUUUGCAACAAGGCACUAAAGUAAUACUGCAAAAAAUGUGGCAAAGGAAUUCACUUUUUGUCCUGAAUACAAAGUGUUAUGUUUGGGGCAAAUCCAAUACAACACAUUACUGAGUACCACUCUCCAUAUUUUCAAGCAUAGUGGUGGCUGCAGCAUGUUAUGGGUAUGCCUGUAAUCAUUAAGGACUGGUGAGUCCCCCCCAAAUAAAUAAAUAUAUAUGUAACGGAAUGGAACUAAGCACAGGCAAAAUGAUAGAGGAAAUCCUGCUUCAGUCUGCUUUCCAUCAGACACUGGGAAAUGAAUUCACCUUUUAGCAGAACAGUAACCUGAAACGCAAGGCCAAAUCUUUAAUGGAAUUGUUUACCAAGAAGACAGUGAAUGUUCCUGAGUGGCCGAGUUAGCGUUUUGACUUAAAUCUACUUGAAAAUCUAUGGCAAGCUUGAAGAAUUUUGAAAAGAAUAAUGGGCAAAUGUUGCCCAAUCCAGGUGUGGAAAGCUCACAGCUGUAAAAUCACUGCCAAAGGUGCUUCCAUAAAGUAUUGACUCGGGUGUGAAUAAUUAUGUAAAUGAGGUAUUUCAUUUUCAAUACAUUUGCUAAAAUUUAUAAAACAUGUUUUCACUUUGUCAUUAUGGGGUAUUGUGUGUAGAUGGGUGAGAAAAUAAAUACAUGUAAUCCAUUUUGAAUUCAGGCUGUAACAACAACAUGUGGAAUAAGUCAAGGGGUAUAAAUACUUUCUGAAGGCACUGUAUACUAUUAUUUGUAUUUUAUUUUUUACAGUGGAUGAAUACAUUGCAAUUACCAAAGAGAAACAUGGGUACAACAUGGAACAGGCACUUGGGAUGCUCUUCUGGCACAAGCACAACAUUGAGAAGUCCCUGGCAGAUUUGCCCAACUUCACACCUUUCCCAGAUGAGUGGUCAGUGGAGGACAAGGUCCUGUUUGAACAGGGCUUCAGCUUCCACGGAAAAACUUUCCACCGUAUACAGCAGAUGGUGAGAGACUGGCGCCUCUGGGUUUUAUUGGUUGAAAACCGAAUACAUCAUUGACAAACGUAUAACACAUAGUUGAUGAUGACCAUGGCACAUUACACUAAAUGCUAAUUUGGGGUGCCCAUUGUGUGAUGUCUCUAAACAACAAAUCAUGCAGAAAAAAGUGUUUUCCUUAGUCAUUGAUAAGGUCUUCUUGUUCUUGUGCUAGUUGCCUGACAAGUCCAUUGCCAGCUUGGUUAGAUUUUACUACUCUUGGAAGAAGACACGGAGCAAAACCAGUGUCAUGGAUCGUCAUGCACGCAAGCAGAGGAGGGAACGAGGAGAAGGGUUUGUUUCAAACGCAUCAACCACAUUCUCCCUCAUACCUUUUCAAAACUUUAAUUGGUCAGAAAAACAUAUUGUAAUCUUCGAAAGUCAGGCCAAGAAUACAAUAUAUAUAUUUUUUCUAUGUAUCAAUUUUUUUCUUGAUCUUUUUAGUGAGGAUGAGUCUGAGGAGACCAAUGGGAACACUCCAGGGGAUGUAGUGUAUGGACCAAAUAAGGAGGAGAAGAAAGAGGUUGGUCUAUUCCGAGGCUCUUGUAACUUAAUAAACAAAAGAUAUGCUGUUUAUUGAACCAACUAACAUGUAGAUUUUCUGUUUUAGCUGGGUGCCGCACCUGAGAAACAGGAGCUAAAACCAGUACCAGUGGUACAGAAGGUAGCUUCUAAAUUCUAAAUAUUUUCAUUACCAUUUCAAUAGGAACAUACAGAAUUCAUAUUCAAUUCCUCCUACUUUUGAUGCUUCGGCCAUUUUAACCCGAAUGUAUUCCUUCACGUCUAGCCGAAUACUGGUGUGGCAGAGAAGCUGACCCAAGUCAAAAAAGAACCCCAGGGUCCUCCAGGGAAAAACCUGCACCGUACUAAGAAGAAGCCUCCUAAAGGAAUGUACCUGAGCCAGGGAGACGUAGCUGCAAUGUCCACCAGCACCCCUGCUGCAGUCAGCGUGCUGCGGCAAAUGGACAUGGAGCUGGUUGCCAUCAAACGGCAGGUUAGUGUUAGUCUUAACAUCAAUACAUUCAUCUUUUCUGUGAUAGGAUUUUCUUAUCCUCUAAUGAGAGUAAGUUUUGCAACAAUCAGGUAUUGAUGUCAAUGGGAGUUUUGUGUGAAAAUUAAGAGCUGUGCCUGUGUACCUAAAGUAUCUUCAGUAUUCACCCCUGAGUCCGGAUGAGAGAUUAGUUAACCUAGAAAUGUUUCCUUAUUGAGUUUUAUCCCCUUCUAGAUCCAGAGCAUCAAACAGAAUAACAGUGCUCUGAAGGAGAAGCUUGACCUGGGAUUGGACAACUUCAGAGUACCUGAGGUAACGCUAUUGCUUAGUUCUGACCAUCUGAUUUGGUCACUUUCUCCAUGGAAUUAAUGUUACUCUUGUGGCUUGUAACAAGGGGUUGGAACAAAAAUGAUUUUCCAAUCAUUCCAUUCUGAACAGAACCAUUUUUUUUUUUUUUACUGAAGUUCUGAACGGGUUUGAACCCCCCCCCCCCCCCCCCCCCCCAAAAAAAAACAAAAACAAAACGGUAUCUAUAGUUCCUUUCUGUUCCUUUUUAAACCUCUGAAAUCAUUUUUUUUUUUUUACAUUUAGCUCGUCAUUAAAUUACUUCACUAAUCAGUGCGGAUAGAGCAGCUUGCUAUGGAGCGACUGAAAUGUUGCAGGUGGGGAGAGAGGGUGGAGGAGUUGGCUUGAUGCGCUGGGCAUCUUGUUAUGACAUACAUUAUCUGAAUUAGGCCCACAAAAUUAUACCUACGGAGGAGCGGCUUCUAUGAACGAACUUGAAUGUCUUUGAACUUCCGAGAGUUGGCUUAGCGUUGGACCAGAACUAGCUAACAAGCUUGUGUAUGCAGAGUGGUACCAGAAUUAAAAUAAAAACACAUAUUACCUUUUUGUAGUUAAUGAAGCCAAUGUGAAACGUGAUGAACUGAACAAAAAUAAACGCAACAUGCAACAAUUUCAACGAUUUUACUGCGUUACAGUUCAUGUAAGGAAAUCAGUCAAUUGAAAUAAAUUCAUUAGGCCCUAAUCUAUGGAUUUCACAUGACUGUGAAUACAGAUAUACAUCUGUUGGUCACAGAUACCUUAAAAAAAAGGUUGGGGUGUGGAUCAGAAAACAAGUCAGUAUCUGGUUUGACCACCAUUUGCCUCAUGCAGUACGACAUCUCCUUCGCAUAGAGUUGAUUAGGCUGUUGAUUGUGGCCUGUGGAAUGUUGUCCCACUUCUCUUCAAUGGCUGUGUGAAGUUUCUGGAUUGUGGCGGGAACUGGAACCCGCUGUCGUACAUGUCGAUCCAGAGCAUACCAAACAUGCUCAAUGGGUGACAUGUCUGAGUAUGCAGGCCAUGGACAAACUGGGAAAUCUUCAGCUUCCAGGAAUUGUAUACAGAUCCUUGCGACAUGGGGUGGCGGCGAAUGAAUGGCACGACAAUGGGCCUCAGAAUCUCGUCCCAGUAUAUCUGUGCAUUUAAAUUGCCAUCGAUAAAAUGCAAUUGUGUUCGUCGUCUGUAGCUUAUGCCUGCCCAUACCAUAACCCCACUGCCACCACGGGGCACUCUGUUCACAACGUUGACAUCAGCAAACCGCUCGCCCACACAACGCCAUACACGCAGUCUGCCAUCUGCCCGGUACAGUUGAAACCAGCAUUCAUCCGUGAAGAGCACACUUCUCCAGCAUGCCACUGGCCAUCGAAGGUGAGCAUUUGCCCACUGAAGUCGGUGACGACGCCGAACUGCAGUCAGGUCAAGACCCUGGUGAGGACGAUGAGCACGCAGAUGAGCUUCCCUGAGACGGUUUCUGACAGUUUGCGCAGAAAUUCUUCAGUUGUGCAAACCCACAGUUUCAUCAGAUAUCCGGGUGGCUGGUCUCAGAUUAUCCCACUGGUGAAGAAGCCAGAUGUGGUGGUCCUGGGCUGGCGUGGUUACACGUGGUCUGCGGUUGUGAGGCCGGUUGGACGUACUGCCAAAUUCUCUAAAACGACCUUGGAUGUGGCUAAUGGUAGAGAAAUUAACAUUCAAUUUUCUGGCAACAGCUCUGGUGGACAUUCCUGCAGUCAGCUUGCCAAUUGCACGCUCCCUCAACUUGAGACAUCUGUGGAAUUGUGUUGUGUGACAAAACUGCACAUUUUAGAGUGGCCUUUUAUUGUCCCCAGCACAAGAUGCACCUGUGUAAUGAUCAUGCUUUAAUCAGCUUCUUGAUAUGCCGUACUUGUCAGGUGGAUGGGUUAUUGUGGCAAAGGAGAAAUGCUCACUAACAGGGAUGUAAAAAAUGUGUUCACAAAAUUUGAAAGAAAUACGCCUUUUGUGCGAAUGGAAAAUGUCUGGGAUCUUUUAUUUCAGCUCAUGAAACAUGUUACCAACACUUUACAUGUUGCGUUUAUAUUUAUGUUCAAUAUAAAUAGUAUCCUUAACUUGCAUUGAAAAAGUUAAUCCAUUCUUCUCUAAUUAAAAAUCUCUCCCUAAUUUCUGAAUACGCUGGUACACACUGGCAAAGCUUUUCAGGUGGCAGGCAGACACUGAAAUACGUUUCUGAGUGACAGUGAGGACUUUGCAUAGGCGCUUUGUUGUGUUUUUUCUGUGGGACGUAACAGAACGUUACUAACUGGUUCCCGUGCUUUUAAAAUAACGCUUAGUUCAGUAUAGAUCACUUUUGUUGCCGGUUCUGAUUCUUUUCCUAGACAAAUGUUUUCUGUUCUGUUCCCUGAACCGGCUCCAACCCCUGCUUUUAACUCAUUAUGACCUGUUGUGUAUGUCAGAUGGAAUGUUUGCGUGCCAGUGAUAACAUGUCCAUUCAUGUCUCAGGUGACCCAGAAGUUCAACACUCGCUGGACAACAGAGGAGCAACUGCUUGCUGUACAAGGUAAUUUAUUGCAAGUGCAACAGAUGUGUAGGGAUUAGAGAAAGGGAGGAGGUAGAAAAUGUAAGCAACUGAAGUAGAGCCCAUGUGAAUAGUCGUGAUAUAAAGAAUUCCAUCUUAAGUUCUGUUUUGCUGGGGGAGCAUGGCACGUAACAAUCUACAUUUGUUUAAAAUGUUUGUUCCCUCCAUUGUAACAUCUACCAGCCAUCAGAAAAUAUGGGCGGGACUUCCAGGCUAUCUCGGACGUGAUUGGCAAUAAGUCUGUGGUGCAGGUGAAGAACUUCUUUGUCAACUACCGCCGACGCUUCAACCUGGAUGAGGUGCUGCAGGAAUGGGAGGCUGAGCACGGGAUGGAGGGAGCAGCCAAGGGAGGAGAGGAGAAAAUGGACACAUCACCAUCUUCCACUGAGGAUGGAGCCACCAUCCCUGUGGCACCAGAGGAUCAAAAAGAGGUCUGUGACUUGCAUUCCAUUAUGAAUUUAUUUUUUAUUUUUUAAGGGUUUGAUUGGCUAAAUUCAGUUAUCAGUCUCAGUAUGAAAUGAGACUUCAUUUGCACUGUGCCCUACUAUUUUUGUGGUCCCCUUUUUAUCUGCCCCAUAGUAAUAAUUCAGAGGGAUGAACAAAGAAUUGCAGUCUAAUUUGAGUUUGUUUUGCCAGAUGUAUUAAUUGCAAAUACUCCCCAUUGUCCCUUUACAGCAAUCGUCACCAGUGGAGGCACAACAACCUCUGGCAUCCUGAGUGGUCGGCCAUCUUGGAUUAUUCUGUUGGCGGAACUCCUCCCUUUUGAGAUUUUACUUUUGUUCUGAAGAGGCGAUGAUUAAUCUGAAUCUGCACAGGUUACGUCCUGUCUGUGUGUGCUUCUUCAAGAAGGCCAUUCCUGUUACCUCUUCCCCAAUUCAAGAAUGUUUUGCAGCUACCCACCAAUUAACUUAAAGCACCAUUCUUCAGCCGGGCUGACAGUCAAAGUAACCAGGAUUAUCUGACUGCACUUUAUCCUAUCACUAUUUGUUUGUCACCUUGGUGAGAAGAAAAACUUCUGUAUCAAAUGUAACUUGUUUUUGUAUCUGGCCCCUUUUACCGUCACUCUCAACAUUACAGAUGAUCCCUGUUUUCCAGACCACAAUAUCAGUUUGUGUCAUUUUAUCCUUUACUUUGUAAAGACUGGUUUUGGUUGUGUAGUAUUUAAUCACAAUAGGUCUCAGUAUGAAAUGACCCUGUGGAUUACUAUCCUCUCGUUCUGUGUGCUGGAAUGAGGACUUGACGAAGACGUCUUUGUACACCAGACUGCCAUAAAGAAAAAC